UUGCUCUGAGAAAGGGCUUGUUUUUGGAACCCACUUGGUGUGAUGUUAUCUUGGUUGCCUGCUUCUUCCUCCAUCUGCAGCUCGAGGUUCCUCUAAGGCCUCACUUUCCCUGGAGCACCCCACUGUCUGGUCUGGGGGACUGAUGGAAACCUCGGGGUUUCUGCAAUGGGCACAGAGCAGCCCCAUGGUGACCGUGGCCCUUGCACUGGUUCUCGUGGCCCUUCUCAAAUGGUACUCCACGUCAGCAUUUUCACGGCUGGAGAAGUUGGGCAUCAGACAUCCCAAGCCUUCCCCUUUUAUUGGAAACUUAACGUUUUUCCGCCAGGGUUUCUGGGAAAGCCAGCUGGAGCUCAGAAGGCGAUACGGACCUCUGUGUGGGUACUAUCUUGGUCGUCGGAUGUUCAUAGUUAUUUCUGAACCGGACAUGAUCAGGCAGGUGUUGGCUGAGAACUUCAGUAACUUCAGCAACAGAGCGGCAUCGGGCUUGGAGUCCAAGGCGGUAGCUGACAGUGUCCUGUUUCUACGCAACACGAGGUGGGAAGAAGUCAGAGGUGUUUUGACUCCUGCAUUCAGCCCUGAGAAGCUGAAUGAGGUGACUCCCCUAAUCAACCAAGCCUGUGACCUUCUCCUGACUCAUUUACAACCCUACGCAGACUCUGGGGCUGCUUUCAACAUCCAGAGGUGCUACUGCUGCUAUACCACAGACCUGGUGGCCAGCGUCGCCUUCGGCACCCAGUUAGACUCCCAGGAGACGCCCGAGCACCCCUUUGUGACACACUGCAGGCGCUUCUUUGAAUUCUCCAUCCCCAGACCCAUCCUGGCUUUGAUCUUGUCGUUUCCAUCCAUAAUGAUCCCACUGGCCCGGAUUCUGCCCAAUAAGAACCGAGAUGAGCUGAAUGGCUUCUUUAACAAACUCAUCAGGAAUGUGGCUACCUCGAGGGACCAGCAAGCUGCAAACAAGAGGCGGAAAGACUUUUUCCAAAUGAUCCUGGACGCCCGCCACUCUGUGAGCUCGGUGGGUGUGGACAGCUUUGACAUUGUCAGACAGGUCUUCUCCUCAGCCGGUUGCCCAGAGCCUCCUCCCCGGCCACACGCGCCUCGAGUGCUGUCGAAGCCCCUGACCAUGGAUGAGAUAGUGGGCCAGGCCUUCAUCUUCCUCAUCGCUGGCUACGAGAUCGUCACCAACACGCUCUCUUUUGCCACCUACCUCCUGGCUAUCCACCCUGACUGCCAGGAGAAGCUUCUGAGAGAGGUGGACCGUUUCUACGAGAAGCACCCCGCCCUCCAGUACUGCAGCCUCCAAGAAGGCCUGCCCUAUCUGGACAUGGUGAUCGCAGAGACCUUGAGGUUGUACCCACCGGCUUUCAGGUUCACGCGGGAGUCGGCGAAGGACUGCAAGCUCCUGGGGCAGCACAUCCCUGCAGGUGCUGUGGUGGAGAUGGCCGUGGGCGCCCUGCACCAUGACCCCGAGCACUGGCCGCAGCCCGAGGCCUUCGACCCUGAGAGGUUCACGGCUGAGGCCCAGCGACGGCGGCGGCCCUUCACUUACCUGCCCUUUGGAGCGGGCCCGCGGAGCUGCCUUGGGGUGCGCCUCGGCCUGCUGGAGGUCAAGCUGACGCUACUCCAAGUGCUGCACAAGUUCCGGUUCCAGGCCUGCGCUGAGACCCAGGUACCACUGCAGCUAGAAUCCAAAUCUGCCCUAGCUCCAAAAAACGGUGUCUACAUCAAGAUUGUGCCCCGCUGACUGGGAAGGCCUCCCUCAGGGGUGGCUCCUGGGGAUGGUGCUUCCAGACCUGCAAGUCAGCCUUGGAGGGUGCCCCCAGACUGAAAGGAAACUGCGUGUGAAAAUUCACCUUUACGGAAACCACCACCCAGUGAGGGCAACGGUGCCUGGCGUGGGAGAGUAAAGGAAUCCAGGGCGUUCAUGCCGCCUGCCCCAACUGCUUAAUAAAUGUUUGCUUGUUGCACUUGACAGCUUAAUAAAUGUUUGCUCGUUGCAUUUGGCAUUGACUUUGUCAACUAUGUUUGAGACAUUGAUCCAACUGCUUGAAUAAGAGAUUUCUGGCAAAUAAGCAAUACAUGACUUACACAAAAUGACUGAGAACGAGGCCUUAAAGGGAUGAGAGGCCUCUGCAGUGCAGGGACACGGGGACACCAGCCUGUGGCCUACUCAGUUUCUCCUGACUUAGAGAAUGAUAUUCAUCCGAAGUUCAAUUUCAGAAAUGAUUCUGAAGCUUUAUAAUGCAUUGCUUCUCCUAGGCUGGAUAAACCAGCUUCACAAAGAUUUCAUAUGCAGAAAGGUGAUCCAGGCUGAACGCGUUUUUCUCUUAAAGGGCGUAUGUCUUUCUUCAUUGUGAUCAGAGAAUCAAAACACAGAGCUGAGUUUUAGUUAAAGUAACGAUUGUGGUGCUGAGAAGCUCAAAUUCAGCAAACCAGCAGCAGACGGAACCCCAGCUCUGUCGCCAGCAGGUGGUGGUCACUGGCCUUUUCACCGUCCUGUGUCUGGGUUUUCUCAUCCGGAAAACAAGGAAGCUGACCGAGGUCAAAGGGCCCCUCCUCUGUCUCACGUCUGAGCAGCUCUGAGGAGGGGCGGGGUGUAAUAUAGGUGACAUCACAGGAGGGACCUUUGAGCCACCGUGUGAUGCCCAGAGCCUACACCCACUUUUUACUUAGAAAUUUCAUGGCAUUUUGGCGUGUUCACUGCUGAGAAUUGCAGCCUUUGCUGCUUGGUCCAUGCACCCCUCCAAGCCCUCCUUGUGGGGCCACUCCUCUCUGGCCUCCCCCGAGGAAGCCCCAUAGGCUGCCAGGUGUGGAGGAUGCACCCUAGACAACCUCCACCCCCCACUCCCGCUCCAUGCCAUGCUCUGGGAGGGUUCAAGGCUUUGCAUGGCUGGAGACUUACACGAUUGGGGGACAGAAAAAGACAAGCAUACUGCUUUUGCAAACAUUACCAAACGCACAAUGAUGUUGUAAGGCUGGGGCCCCUCUGAGGGCCUUGGAAGGAGCCCUGGCAUGUGAGGGCCUGCAGCUUAAGCUUCGUAGGUAGCUUUGGGGUUAAGUCCACACAGCCUUCCCACAGCAAGGAUGGCCUCUGCUAGAUCCCCCACACCCAGCAGUACCCGUACCCAGCAGGUGCUCAAUAAACAGGCGCUGAAGAACGAGCUGCAGUCUCUGCCCACUUAGGUAAGCCCUUUAUUUCCAAGUUUUAUGUGACAUUUACAGCACUGGGACUCCAAUCUCCCUGGGCCGUACAGCCCACACUCAGGCUGUUCAGUGUGCCAGGGAGAUGCAGGAUGCAUACCCAAACCAAGCGGUGGUCCUCAGGGCCACCAUUCAUUCGUGUCACCUGCCAGGUGAACACACUUCGUGGAAGUAAUGGCUGGCCCACCAGGACAAAGGACACCCUCAAGACUCGGGGACACCACACAGCAGCCACUUGUUCAGACAAUGAGACACAGUCCAGUUCCAAGGCCAGAAGCCCAAGCGAAGCAGCCAGGUUAGCCUGAGCAGUGGGCAGCCGGACUGCGUCCCCUCAGCCUCACUAAGUUCGCAGGGUCCAGUAGCAACUGCCGGACUAAAAAAAUCAAAGCAGAUGCCACAGAGGCCCAGGAUCACAGUAAAGACAGAAAAUCCUAAAAGGUAAAGCUACUCCAUAAAACCCUUUCUAGAAAUCUGAGCCCGGUACCAACGAGCAGCAAGCCAACAAUGAGAGUAAAACAUAAAAUUUUAAGACACAUUGUUAAAAGGCAACCACAGGCCUACUGGGAGGCUGCUCCAGAGCCCAAAUGGGGGACACGUAAAAGUGGAAACUACCAUCAUUGAGAAGACAACAUCGUACAAACAGUUCAUUAAAAUUGUUUUGUUAAAAAAAAAACCACACAGCACAUCCGCAACCACCUGCGCGUCAGGG